AUGCCGUCUCAUGCACCGGAUAGGUCCAUCGCCCGUCAUCACCUCGACGUUCAUCAGCCCAAUGUCGCAUGCCCUGCACCACUGACUCCAGCCUCCGAAGUCAAUGCAGACCAAGAGUUAGACGGACCAGGACACCAUCAAAGGCCGGCGAGCAGCCAUGGAAUCACGCGGAGAGCCGAAAGAGACAACACUGCUGCAGGCAUGUCACUGAUGCAAGAGGAAAGCAUGUACAAUUUUGCAGAAGCAUACGAAGAGAAAAUGCCUCCGUCUGCCCAAGAAGGGAAUUCUAGCGUUGACAGCGGGAGCACUACUGCGAUACGCGAUGACCAAGACGUUAAAACGGCCGACGAGUCAUUGACCGAUGGCCAUGAUAGCGGACCUGUGAUUGAUCUAGAAAGAAGUGUCGACACAACACCGGUCUCAACAAGCGAAGCGGCCGCCAACCUCGGUGCGGCCGUACAGGGCGACUCUGCGGGCAUGAUACCAUCCCCGUGCGAGUCCUCCCUGGAAGCACAAUGGCGGGAUCUCGCCCAUGAUAAAGCAGGAGUCUCCUCCAUUGACCAGCAACUUGACUGGUCAGAUACUUCGAAGGCAUGGGAGUUCUCAAGGAGGCGAUUGCGGCCUCAGUACCCGUCGUCGACUUUUCAACCAUAUUCGAAAUUCACUGGGACCCAGCAGUCAGAUCGGCAGAUCUACAACGUCGAAGUGACCAUUCUGACCGUUGAUGUUGAGCAAUCGACUAUGUCUGGGUAUUUACAGAUCUGCGGACUGACACCAGACCAUCCGACACUCACGACUUUCUUCACGGGAGAAAUCAUUGGCGGGCCUGAACAGAAGUACAGCUUCAGAACGCGAGACCCGGCAUGGGGCGCCACGGAUAAGACAGAUCUCACUCACUGGGCGAGGUUUCCAGCUUGGAGACCGCUCAGUCUUCAGGCCAAGCGGAACAUCAAUUUUGUGUAUCCACUGAACAACGAGAAUUGGUGGCAGCAAGAGUACAUUUUUAUGCGGUGGAAGGAACACUUUCUUGUACCGGACUACAAGCUGAAAAGCAUCCAAGGAGCCAGCUUUGAAGGGUUUUAUUACAUUUGUUUCAAUCAAGUCGAGGGGAGGGUUAGUGGAAUAUAUUUCCACUCGAAGAGCGAGAAGUGA